ACUUAUCCCUAUCAAAGAAAACUAACACAAGUAUAUAUUUAAAGAAAAAUGCUUGAUAAGCUUACCAGAAGGAUCGGAGGGUUCGGGCGCGGACACGGGCAUUUCCAGGCAAGCGGCGGCUUCGGGUUCGAGGAGCACAAGGAGUUUGUGACUCAUAUGAGGCUUCCGGCCAACCAUGGCCGUCCUCCCAUGGCUCACAUGCCUGUCUGCGAUGAAGAAGACUCAGACUCAGAUGUGGAGGAGUUCUUUGAGAGAAGCCGGACCCACCACACUACUGCGUUGCCGCAACCACUUCAUCUGAACUUCAGGCCUCCACCUCCAAUGACUCAGCCUCACCACAAUGUCGGGAAGAUGGGUAUUGGAUUGCAGGGGCAGCAUGAAGAUGCAUUCCAUGGAGGGCACGGGAUGAAGCACCACGGUGGACACGGGAUGCAACACCAUGACAUACAUGGGAUGCAGCACCACGGCGGGCAUGGAAUGCAGCACCAAGGGGAGCACGGGAUGCAGCACCAGGGCGGGCACGGAAUGAAACACCAGGGCGGACACGGAAUGCAGCACCAAGGGGAGCACGGAAUGCAGCACCAGAGCGGGCACGGAAUGCAGCACCAUGGGGAGCACGGAAUGCAGCACCAUGGGGAGCACGGAAUGCAGCACCAGGGCGGGCACGGGAUGAAGCACCACGGUGGGCACGGGAUGCAGCACCAAACGGAGCACGGAAUGCAGCACCACGGCGGGCACGAGAUGAAGCACCAGGGUGGGCACGGACUGCAGCACCAGGGCGGGCACGGAAUGCAGCACCACAACAUGCAUGGGAUGCAGCACCAGGGCGGAGUAGUGGUGAAGACUACUGAAAAUUGGCGGGUCAGCAAAAGCGGCGGCAACAAACUCGGGUGGGGGAGUAAGGGACUCUAGACUCCACCUAAAUACUCUGCCGGAUCAAGUAAGAAAGAAAUGAUUAUGUAUCUCAAGUAAUACACUUAUAAGAUGUAUGUGUGUGAUGGACAUGUUUCUGUAUCGCAUCAAACUAAAUAAGGGACUUUAAACCUCUAAAAGGUGCUUAUGUUUGAUGACAUUAUAAUUACUAAGGAGUGUUGUUGUUGCUGCUUAUGUUUAAUAAAAGUGAUGUAUAUUA